AUGUUUGGAUUCGCAGAUCUGAAGCUGUGCGGCACCACCCUCCUGCUGGUCCUGGGAGUGCUAGCCAACGCCUUAAACCUGGGGGUCAUGCUGGUGCAGCAGUGGAGGUCCGGAGGUGUGAAAACCCUGGCUGUCAUCAUCUGCUUCAUAUCCCUGAGCAACAUCCUGCUGCAAAUCUCCACCUUCGCCCUGGUGGCCUCCGUCUGGGCCGGGGUGCUCUGCCGGCCAGACCUACCUUUCUUCUUCUGCGUCUUCCUGUUUGUGUGGCUCAGCAGCAACUCCGUCAGCUUCUGGUGUGUCUCAUGGCUGAGCGUCCUCUACUGCGUGAGGGUUUUGAGCUUCUCCUCGAUUCUCUUCAGGGCGAUCAAGAUGAACCUCUCCACCAUCCUGAACGUCGCCCUGCUGGUGACCCUGCUGACCUCUUGCGUGAUGUUCACCCCUUUCUUACUCCAUUUCCAUACCAAAACUCUUGUUCUUAACGUGACAGAAAAGGCUGUUUGUGUCAUCAAAAAGCCUCUGUUCCCAGUCUGGGUCAACGUUAACGGUUACGUAGUUACCUUCAUCUGCUACCUCACACUGAUGCCCUCUGCAGUCAUGCUUCCUACCUCUCUGAAGAUGGUGGUGUACCUCUGCAGACACAGCUGGUCCCUGCAGAGGAAGGAGAGUGGCUCCCCCGCAGCAGGCUCCUACCUGCUGGUCUGCAGGCUGACAGUGGCUCUGGUGUGGGUGUACCUCACCACGCUGCUCACCAUCUCCCUCUACUACUUCCAUGCCAUCUUUUCUUCAGGGCUGAGCGCAGACAUGCUCUUCCUCGGCUUAUCGUUCUACUGCGUGGCCGCUGCACUCCUCCUCACCUGCUCCAACAAAAACCUGAGAGAGAGGAACUGCAGGGGGGGGAACACGCGACAAGAAGAAAAGAGUGGAGUAACAGCCACAGUUUGA